AUGAAAUCUCGCGAUAUCCUGCACCUUCCGGACUGGGACCUGCGUGAGUUAUCCCUCCCGCCCCCGUCUCCCCCCGGGGAGAUGGUCCCCCGUCAGUCACUUAGUGGCCCUCUCGGUCGUCAGGUUGUCAGACGGGCUGAGGUGGAUAUGCGAUAUCAAAGUGCUUGUGUUCAAGGCCCAGCUGCAGGGCCGGGCAGUCCAGUUUCUGCUGCAAUUCCAAUGGCAGGAUCUCAGCCCCACCCUCUGCCCAUUGUGCUGGCCUCAACCCUGCUCCUAAUUAGUCCCCGAAGGCGCCCAGAGCCAGAGCGCCCGUGCUGCCACCAGCCGUCAAAGUUCCACCCCAAUGAGAUCAAAGUCGUAUACCUGAGGCGCACUGGUGGGGAAGUCAGUGCCACACCUGCCCUGGCCCCCAUGAUCAGCCCCCUGGGCCUUUCUCCAAAAAAGGUUGGUGAUGACAUCCCCAAAACAACCAGCCACUUGGAAGGGUCUGAGGACCACAGGGAAACUGACCAUCGGAACAGACAGACCCAGAUUGAAGUAGUACCGUCUGCCUCUGCCCUAAUCACCAAAGCCCUCAAGGAACCACCAAGAGACAGAAAGAAGCAAAGACUCAUAAAAGGCAAUGGAAAUAUCACUUUUGAUGAGAUCAUCAACAUUGCCCGACAGAUGAGGCACCGAUCUUUAGUGAGAGAACUCCGUGGAACCAUUAAAGAGAUCCUGGGGACAGCCCGCGUGCGCUGCCGUGUUGAUGGCCAUCACCUUCAUGACGUCGGAGAGGAUGUCAGCGGUGACACAGCGAAUGCCCAGCUAGCGAAGAACCACGAAGGAAAAUAUUUCAGUUAA